AUGGCCAGGUGUGGUGCUCGUAUGGUGAACGUGGAGCCGGAUCGGCUCUCGAAGGCUUCGCUGUCGUUCUCGGGAUGCGGCUUCCUCUGCAUCUAUCAUGCCGGUGUUUGCGCGGCGAUCAAGGAGUACGUGCCACAGCUGCUCCAGAACGGUAUCUGUGGCGCAUCGGCAGGCUCGAUUGCCCGUUCGUAUACGUUUGGUGCGCUGAAUCGAGAUUUUCACUUAAUGAAAUUAGUUCGAACGAAACUUAACGCGGUCUUACCGAGCAAUGCGCAUGAGAUUUGCACUGGUCGAUUGAGGAUUUCGGUGACGCGUUUUCGCGAUAUGGAGAAUGUGGUGCUGGACAACUUCCAGACUAAAGAUGAGCUAAUUGAUGCGAUUUGUUGCAGCUGCUUUAUCCCGGUGUACGGUGGCUUUAUCUAUCCAACGUUUCGCGGUGAAAUUUAUAUCGAUGGCGGGGCCAGUAAUAAUCAACCGAUUAUCGAUGCCAAUACAAUCACCGUUUCUCCCUUCUCUGGCGAGUCGGAUAUUUGUCCCAGGGAUAUUGAAAGUGCUAGUUUAUUUGAAUGGAACUUUGCUGGGACAUCAAUUCGGCUAACGAGCAAUAACUUGUAUCGUGCAGCUGUGUGCCUUUUCCCGCCAUCUACGGAGGAAUGUGCUUCAAUGUGCCGAAGUGGCUUCAAAGAUGCACUUAGGUUCCUCAUCAACAAUGGUUAG